CGGUGGUACGGUCGGUUAAACGCUGCUCCGCGAACCCCACCUCUUUGGACCGCCGAGCGGCAUGGCCAUGGCAGGCGGGCGCCUCCUCUGAUCCCCCUAAUCCCUCGCCGAGGGCGAACCUACAAUCAGCGGAGGACGCACCCCACAGCGCCGCCCCCCCCCCCCCCCCGGUCUCGGCCGCUCGAUUCAUCGAAGCUGCGAGGAGUCCGCCCAGCGGGAGCAGCAGUGUCCACGGCGACAUGAAGCCCCCCACCGGUGGCAGCGGCAAGGGCAGCGCGGUGGACCCGUCGCUGCCGCGGUUCAAGUGCCAGGAGUGCCGCCGCGCGCUCGUCGUCGUUGGAGUCGAGUCCUACGCCGAUAGGCUGCCCUCCCACGCCGCCUCCGGUAUGCACGCAUCUCCUGUUCAGGGCAGUAUUAUGGGCGCAAGCAGGAUGGACAAUUCUUAUGUCGUGCUAUCUAGGCAAAACAGAUCUCAGGGUCCUGGAGUUCCCCCACGUCCACCAAGUGCAGCAGCCCCACAUAUUGAACCCAACCAAUCUACAAGAGCAAUAGAGGGGUCAUAUAUAAUGCUUCCACCUCCUGCUGCUUCCAUAUAUAAGACAUCUGCCUCUGAAGGAGGUGGUGCACAGCUGCCACCACCAAGUGUAAACUCCAGUAGCCCUUUGCCAGGAAAUAAUUCUGGAUUUCACUCUAGUGUCACUGUAUUAAAAAGGGCUUUUGAGAUUGCUAGUUCACAGACUCAGGUUGAGCAGCCACUUUGCCUGGAAUGUAUGAGUGUUCUUUUUGAUAAGAUGGAUAGGGAGAUUGAAGAUGUUAAUGCUGAUAUUAAAGCUUAUGAGGCUUGUCUUCAACGUUUGGAACAGGAAUCCUACAACAUCCUCAGUGAAGCAGAUUUUCAGGAGAAACAAAAGAUCGAGGAAGAAGAAAAGAAACUUAAAGCUGCUAUUGAAGAAGCUGAAAAGCUAUAUUCCGAAGUUAGUUCCGAGAUGAAAGAUCUUGAAAUAAAGUCUAAACAAUUUGAGGAAUUGGAAGAACGGUAUUGGCAUGAAUUCAACAGCUUUCAGUUUCAGUUGACAUCUCACCAGGAAGAAAGAGAUGCAGUUUUUGCCAAGAUAGAAGUUUCUCAGGUUCAUCUGGAACUUUUAAAGCGUACAAACGUACUCAAUGAUGCAUUUUAUAUUUCACAUAAUGGAUUAAUUGGAACAGUAAACAACUUUCGUCUCGGGCAUCUUUCCAGUGUAGAGAAUGUACAGGUUGAGUGGGAUGAGAUAAAUGCUGCAUGGGGUCAAGCUGCACUUCUAUUGCAUACCAUGGCUCAGUAUUUCUCUCCGAAAUUUAAAUACCGGAUCAAGAUUCACCCUAUGGGAAGCUAUCCAAGAGUCACGGACAUCAACAAUAACACAUAUGAAUUGUUUGGUCCUGUGAAUUUGUUCUGGAGCACCCGAUUUGACAAAGCCAUGACAUGGUUUCUGACUUGCCUGCAAGAGUUUGCUGAGUUUGCCAUAAGUUUGGAUAAAGAGAACAAUGUUCCACCUGAGAAGUCAUUGAAGCUCCCCUAUAAGAUUGAUGGUGACAAAGUAGGGAGCCAUACAAUCGUCCUAAGUUUUAAUAAGAACGAGAACUGGACGAAGGCACUAAAGUACAUGCUGUGCAAUCUGAAAUGGGUCCUCUACUGGUUUAUCGGCAAUACAAGUUUUGCACCACUCUCUGGAUCAUUGCAUACACAAUCUCCGAAGAACAAGAGCUGAUGUUGUGUUUGCCAAAAUUGUACAUAGCUUGAUAGAUGCCAAGUUACUGAGCCUAGAAGCUGACUGUGACAGUAAUUCCUGUGCAUAACCGUAGUAACAGCAACGACACAUUUGAUGUAAAUAAGUAGCACACGUAGUUUAACUGUAUUUGCGUGUUGCUUGCAACCCGCCGUUGUUCUGUGUGUGUCCUUGUUAUGCGAGCUCCAUUUGCGUAGGCAAAAUGGAACGACAAUAAAUUUGUACUAAUAUGCUGUAUUCCUCCGUUAAGCCCUUACAUUCUUCAAAACAUCACUGUUCUUGUUGUGAAAUUAGCUAUUCUCAUA